AUGGCGACGGCCAAACCCAGCUCGCUUCCUUCCAACGCCUGCCCUGAGCCACCAAGAAAGCCUUGCCCGGAAUCUGUUCUCGUCGCAGUCGCUGGAGACGAGUCUAUUGCUGACAACUAUUCCAAAAACCCGAAGCACGACCGACCGAAAUUUCCCAGCGGUGAUACUACUGACGGUAUCCAGCAAUGCACCAGCCAAUCCGAAGAAGUCAUGGAAGCCUGCUCCGAAAACAACAGUGCUGGAGACGCGAAAUCUCAUGACGAGGAAGCCGAGGAGGUAACCGAGGAGCUAGGCGAAGAGGGUCACGAACAAGAAUCUGAUAACGAUGUCAUAUUUGAAGCUCCCAUGGAUCAUGUCAACAGAGCUAUCCAGGCUGCCACCGAAGUUGGGAAGGAGAAUGAACCGUGCUUCGACUUGUCGAAGGGUGUAAUUCGGCACAUCAGCGCAAGAUUUGGAGAUUCGGCCGUCUAUGUCAUUCCUUGGAUAGCGUGUUACUCAUGGGAGGUGGUCUUAGUCUUACUAAAGACGUAUUACCGCAACGACCACGAUGCAUUGAACGACUUAAACUGGAACAACAUCAAUAUUCUGAAGCUAGACCAUGGCUUGAUCUCCUCUGAAACGUGGGACUCAGUUGUCCAACACGGAAUGCAGGUCGUAUUCUCGGUGCACUCCUCUCUCGUCCCACAGCAGCCUCCACUGGAUUACCGAGAUCAGUUGCGGUAUACUGUCACCUACUUGGAAGUCAGUCCAAAAGACAGGGAUGGAUGUUUCGUCGACGAGCGCACAUAUGACGCCCCAAUGGAGGUAGAGACUAUCCACGGUGAUACAGCGAUGCCCGCACUGGAAGAAUUGAGGACCAUCCAGACCCCACGUUACCGGGCAAAUGAGAAGGACGCCGAUGCGCAAGCGAGAGCUAAGCUGGGGCCUCUCGAUCAAGUGAAAGAGAUUAGCCUGAAGAUCAAUUCGUCAUAUCUACUGAACAUACUCAAGUCGGUGAUCGAAUACGCGUCAGAAUCUCCUCAUGGAGAGGAGUUCGGUGUAGGUAUGGGCGAAUUCAACUACCCAUUCAAGGAUCUUUACCAUCACAUGGACGAUCUGAUAAGAUACCGGGCUGGUGAGAGCUACUUACGUGCUCAGCACCCUGCAGCUUUCAACGAGAGGGCAGACUGUCACAUUGACUUAAUUCUUAACUAUCUGAGCUUGCAGCGAGAUAUUCCCUUCGAGAAAUAUGCCUCUGCCCGCCGCGAAAAGGUGUCAGUCACCACUUUCGCAUCAUGCUGGUUACUCCUAAAACCGGGCACUGAUGUGUAUGUGCGUGAAGAAGAUGGACUUAUGAACGCGUAUAUCGUGCAUGCAGUCAGCGGAGGCGUCACCCAGGUCGAUGGAAAAGCGAUCAAUCGCGACUACGAAGUAUCCGUAUGGAACCUGGCGUGUGAUGGAACACACGCAUUUCCCGAGGUUCGACAUGUACGUGUUGCAGUUUUCGACAACGAGAGGGAGGCGAAAAGUCUGCCCGUAUUUCCCGUUGAGUACAACGACAACUUCGACGACGGUAAACUCAAGCAGGAGUUGACAGAACGAGGCAAGAGGUAUCUCAAAUACACGAGCCAACCAAGCUUCUUGCAGGACUCUGGCCGGGGCUUAGCAAAGGGUGUAGAGCCAAAGAGCCCUGAUCUGAUCUCUGACCAUCAAUACAUGCUCAUGGCAUCGCAUGUUUAUGCCUUCAUGCUGAAAGAGCGCACUUAUGACUUGCUAGCUGUCGAAGGCUUGGAAGAGCCUGAGCUGGUCGAAACAGCGAUCGACAGACUGGUCAUAGAUCACAACAACAAAGAGUUGAUCAAGGCCAUGGCCCAGGUCUAUACAGAUAGCGACCCUGAUCGGUUCAGUGGGGACUUCAUACGUGGAAAAGGCGAGGGGCAGAUCAUACUUUUGCACGGGCCUCCUGGAACUGGCAAAACGCUCACAGCUGAAACUGUUGCAGAGUAUACGAGACGACCGCUCCUUAGCAUCACUGCAGCUGACUUGGGCCAUGAGCCUGAAGCGUUGGAAAGGAGUCUUCUCCGCUUCUUCAAAGAUGCUAGUGACUGGGGCGCUAUAGUGCUACUGGACGAAGCAGACGUGUAUCUCGAGCAGCGAACGAUACACGACCUGAAGCGGAACAGCAUCGUAUCAGGCAAGCUUUUCACCUCUGUGAAGCUCCGCGAUGAUCACGAGCGUGGCGGACGAGAAAUACUCUAUGAGUAUGACGCGAAGAGCUAUGUCAAGAGCAGAGAGGUACAGGAGCUAGAGUGGAACGGACGAGAAAUUCGAAAUGCCUUCCAAACCGCCGUCGCCCUAGCGGUCUUUGAAGCCAAGAAGGACAAGAAUGGCAAGCCACCCAAGGUGACUGAGGGCCGCCUCAGACAAGUCGUGCAGAUGUCUUCGGCUUUCCGAAAAUACAUGACUGCUGCGCAUAACGGUAUGGACGAAUCGACAUGGGCUUUCAGACAUGGGAAUCGCGAGGACAAGUUUCCAAGCACACCAGCAAAGACUGCGACUUGA